AUGGAAACCCUCGAAGAGACUGCGCGAGUGAUUACCUCGAAACCGGCACAGAGGGCUGCCGUCAAUGUAGUGCUUCUGGUCUCGAGUGCAGUGACAUUGUUUGGUCUGGCGUCACUUGCAACAGCACUCUUCUUCCAGAACUUUGUGCCCGAUCAGUUUAUUACAACGCCACUGCAUCUCCAAUACCAAUCAGGAACAAAUCCGUACGGAGUCGCGCCACUUACAUAUCCUUCCCCGAAGCUACAGCAAGACUAUGAUAUCUCGGUAACCUUGUCCAUGCCACGAUCGCCUCCGAAUACCGAACGAGGAAACUUCAUGGUGUCCCUGUAUUUGGUCAAAGAUUUCGUGAACGACUACAAAUCUGACCCGAACGGACGAAAGGCUCUCGAUGGCCGACCCUAUCUCGAGGCCAAAAAAGUGCUCUUCAAGGCCCGUCGACCCGCAUUGAUGCCGUACGAAGAUCCUAUUCUUUCGGUGGCCAGGCGUGUCCUCUUCAUGGGCUACUAUCUCCUCUUGCCACGUUCACAGGCUCGUAGUCUUACCGUUGAGCUUGCUGAGCGAGUUAGUUUUGACAAAAGCGCGCUGCAGCCAACAGCCGCGUUUGUAGAGAUUGAAGCCGGACAGGAUAUACAAAUUUACAGCACCUCGCUGACCCUGACGGCACAACUACGGGGACUGCGAUGGUUGAUGUUCCAUUAUCGGUUGGUCACUUACAUGGCAUUCACAUUCUUGUUUUGGGUGUGUGAGGUUCUUUUCAUGUGUUUGGCCUGGGCUAUAUGGAGCGCAGCCACGGCGCCCAAGAGUGGGAGAAACAAGGGCAUUACCUUCAGAGACGGUGAGGUGCAUGGCACAGACGACGAGCAUGACGACCGCUCUGACCGCACCGCGGGCCCUGUUGCUCAUGCUAGACACGCAAGGUUAAAGAGAGAGCCUGAAGUCAAAAAGGAGGAGGAAGGUGAAGAGUCUGAAAGGCUAAUGUCUGAUAUACCAAUGGGCGAGGCGGAAGCGGAUGAUGAAGAUGGCUUUGACGAUGGGACUGUUAUUGGUGGAAGUGGAAGUAGGAGCGAUUCGGGAAUUGGGACGAGUUACAAAGAGGACGGCAGUGAGAGCGUUCGACGACGAGCUUCUCGAAGUACUUUGGAAUGA